GUCAAAAAUUAGUUCAAUGUUUUGAUUUGAUUGUCCAUGUGCGAAUUAUGGGUUUUUAAGAAUUUAAUUAAAAUUCAACACAAUGGUUGAAACACCUAGCCCUUUUACUUGCAAUAUAAAAGAUUUUAUAAUUGAUGAAAUAGCUUUAGAAGGACUAGAAGGCAUUGGACUCGACUUAUUAUGGAGAAGACUAGAACAGCGUAUUUCCUACCCUUUCUUGGAGAAAAUGCAGCAAAGAUGGUGGAAUUUUAUCGUAAAUUGUGAACGCAUUUCAAUUUUUGAAUUGCCCGUACCAAUGCAGCAUAUCGAUAUUGUAGACCGGCUUUCAAUAGUGCAUCAACAAACUGGUUACCUCUUGGACCCUGACUUUUACCUUGAUGGUGAGUUUGAGUACAAUCCAGCUGAAGAUGACUAUGGAUCAUGUACACAAUACGCUACACGGAAAUUGUUGUCCAACGAAAUCAGAGAGUUACCAUACAAGACCAUUAUGUCUCAAUAUGGUGACAAAUUGGUCCUGGUUGCCUCAUUGGAGGAGAGAUGGAAGGCUUUAGCGCCUAACUUACCCAUGACAUACAUCAAUUUACUGCCUAAAAUAAACUAUUGUUUAUUGGAACUUAUUGGCAGGUCCAGAGAAAAUGGCCAAAUGACAACUGGAAAAUCAAACUUGACGAAAAUAGUAAAAGACUCAAAAAUACUGUUCUAUUACCGCAAGACGUUACAAGAUUUGGACUUGGUCAGGGUGACUUAUAUCACACAAGUGACCGGAGGCAGAGCCGUAAAAGGCCUGUUACUUCGAUUGAGACGAUUCCACAAAGCAAUUGUGCUAACAGUAGCCAAAACUGGGCUGAUACGGGAUCUUGUGGAUUAUUUAAAGGACCGUCCCAAUUAUUGUGAACCAGCUGAAAAUGUUAUCAAGAAGGGUCUAAUGACACCACUGCAAAGUAAAAGAUUUCAGAAAAAAGUCAAUAUAUUUCAAUUUGCAGAUAAACUUGUCACAAUAGGUGAAUCAACAAAUCCUAAAGUGAAACCCAAGCUACACCGAAGGCGAUACAUGUGCUUGGUCUCAAAAAGUGAUGAGUCAUCCGAAUCUGAAGAGGAGGAAGUUAUACCAAAGAAAUGCCAAUACAAAGUUGGUGUCAAUCUAAUGAGGCAGGCAUACGAAAGAUUUCUAGAUGCCGGAAAGCAUGGGUUGACACAAAAUGACUUGGCCGAAAUUUUGGGGGUAGAGUUUUAUGUGAGCAGAUCUCUUUGCAGAGUUUUCAGGAAGAAAAAUAUCGUCAGGGAAUUUAUUGAAUACAAAGGCAAGCAAAGAUUGGGGAGAUAUAUUGCUAUCGCUGCCACUUCGAAAAUGGACAAUACAUUAGCAGAAGAGCAAGAGAAGUUAAAGAAAUAUCUUGAAGAAGGAAAAAAUACAACAACCAAACGAAGCGACAGUUCAGACUCGGAACCUCUUGUACAUAAAAAGAAGAGGAAACUCGAAAAUAACGACGCUGAACAAACUGAUGAUAUUACAGAAAAUAUCAUAGAAAUAAAGGAAAUAGUCGACUCUAGCAAUAGAAAACACCAACCCCAUACAAAACAAUCCCUUCGGCACAUUAGAUUUGCCAGCGGAAUACUAAAAGUUCUUAACGAAAGAACAUUCGUCAUGGGGUACCAGACACUAAGUAAUCAUGUUUCCAAAGAAAUCAACGAACCUCCUAUGGACACUAAAGCAAUGAAAAUGUUUCUUCAAAAUAUGAUGAAUAAAGGACACAUUAAAGUAUUCAAAAUGAAAUUACCACGAAUUCAAAAUCAAUACUCAAUUCUAUUAUGUGCACCACAUGUGCAAAAGACCGACCCCAUAAUAAGAGCUAAAUACAAAGAAAUUUUGUCAAGAGCCAGUUUUAACAGAGAUUUGGCCGAGAAAAAGAUGACUGGUGAUAGACCAAUAUCACAAUAUGCAUUCCCGCGGUUUGUAAAAGUACAAAAAUUGCAUGAAUCUCUUAUGACGAUAGUGUAUUUCAAUGACAUCAAGUCUGAAGACUCAAAUUUGCCUCAAGGUUUCUUCAGCAUGGAAAGUCUUUUACCAGAACUAACGGUUGGUGUGGCCUUAGGCCAUAUAUCCAGUGAGGGAGUUAUCGACAUAGCCAAGCUAACUAUUGACAACAGUAUGUACUCAUUAAAAAUAAGUGAGGCACCAAAAGAUGUACAAAGAAGCUUAAUGAACUCUAGCAACUUGAAUAGUUCACUACGCUGCAGUCUAAGAAUACUAGGAACAUUUGGACUGGUCCAGUUUGUGGCAGACUCAUUUGAAGCUACUCGAAUCCCAGACAAUAACAUGACGGUCAAUGUUUUCUAUCUAAACAAAUUCGCCAAAAUCAUUGACACUUCAGGAGUUUGGCCUAGAAAAAAUGAUCCAUAUGAAGCCAUGGAAAAAGAGUACCACUUUGAUAGUUUUGAAGUUGUUCAAGACUUUUGGACCUCUGUUUAUAACAUUAGCCUCAACACGACAAUAGAGCUACAAGACAGAAAAAAAGCCAUAAUAAUCAAGACACCUACUCGCAGUAAAGAACAAGUAGAACAAUUUGAUAAUGGAGAGCGGCACGGUGACGGUCUCGGGCCUUGUGGAUACGACUCAAGUUAUUACAUGGACUUGCAGAGACUUUGGAAAGCCUACUGCAUCAGAUCUACAACAAUGAAAAUCAAAAAAAUGAAACGAGUACACAUCCCGAAAUUAGAAAGGACUAAGAAACCCAGACUAGUAAAGAAAAAGACCAAAAAAGUUCAAGUGAAAAAAUCAAAACCACAAGUGAAUAUUGAAAAUGUAAAACCUAUCAAUAUCAGACGAGAUAAAAAGAGAAUAACUGAAGUAACAACGUGGACAUUUGAAGAGGAUAGAUUUUUGAUGAUGUGCAAAGCAGCAUUGGUCAUACUGAGCCCUGUUUCGCAACCUGGAUCUCUCCAAGUUAGGAAUCUCGCCGCAAAAGAUAUUUUAACAAUCAACGACCCAAAAAAGACACUAAAAACGUGUCACAAAAGAUCAGCGGUUAUUGAUUCAAAUUCGACUUUAACACAUGAGAAAAACUGGGUAUUGAAUGAAAUAAGAAAACAUAAUAAACUGUUGGUCAGGUAUGAAGGGCUGUUGAAAAAACUUAGAACCAUGUACCCGACAAAUAUGGCUAAAUAUAUAAGCGAAGCACGCGUGCCAAUGAUGGAACUGGUUUGGAUUAUUUACCAUUUGUUGAAAAACAUGUCACAGAUUCAAGACAUUCCAUGCAUUGCGAUGAGCUUUGAAGAGUUCAACCGAAACUUUAAUAUAAUUCCUGCUUCUGCUAACAAACGUCAAAAUCUCUACAGGACUCCUCAUGACGAAAUUGUCCUUUCUACAUUGAAAGAAGCGAUGAUGUUGACCGUGAUGUUAUCCUUCGACAGUGGGUUGACUAAGGAGGAUGCUGCAACAAUUUAUGCUUAUUUCGGGAAAUUUACGGAACUCUUCUUGCGAACAGCAAUUGAGCCGUUGAGAAAGUGUGGUGCGAUCGCCGCCAAAGAGAAAAUAUUGAACAAUCAGAUGCACAUCGUGGAAUUAAACGAUAUAACGCAGUGCUCAUAUAGAAUAUCAGUUAACUAUCAACGUAAGUGGGCAAGCAGGCUAAGCUCAGGUUUUGCCAGUUCUUUGGUUGAUUGUCUAAAUCAAAACGACAGUGAGGACCCAAUAAAACCAGGAUCUUAUACUAACUGUUUUUGCUUCGAAUUAAAUUCUAUAGGGGCUAUAGAAUUGGUUGCUAUUACCGUACCAGUGAUCACUGGACCAUCCGGGUCUAUAAUGCAGGAUGAGCAACUAAAUGUCAUUGAUAUCGAAACAAAUUUCAAACUUAAGUCUGGGAAGUUGGGUUGGAAAAAGAAGAGCGAUGCUCCGCUGGGAGAUAAAUACAAGGACAUACAAAUCAAACAUGCAUUGGAAGAUCUUUCCAGGCAAUCCAUCAUUUAUGAAAAAGAUACAUCCAAAAUUUUAGACAAAUUGGAAUCAGAUAUUGUAAUGUAUGUGAAACAAAAAGGUGAAAAAGGUACCACGUUUGAAGGGCUGCAGAAAUCUUUGAACUGCGACAAAAAUACGCUCAUAAAAAAUGUAACAGAAUUGGAAGCUAAAUACAUCAUGAAACGAGUGGGCUUCUACGAAAACAUCNACAACAUCUUGGUCCAUGCAGAUUUUACUGAGAAAUGGACAAUGCAAAUCAAAGAUAGUUCGAUAAUACCCAUACCCUGGUUGACACUUGAAUCGAAAAUAAGAAGCGAUAUAUUCCUCCAAUGGGCUGGAGUGGUAUUGAAUAAGGUGUUUGAAAAUCCUGGCUGUUCCGUAUCAUAUUUAUCAGAAAACUGUGAACUUAUAACCGCUAGAGCAGUUCAAGACAUUUGUGAAGUGUUACAAAAGUGUGCCUGUGUUACCCUAAAUUGUUUGAAGCUGAAAGAACCAAGUCUAUUCUCUGAUGAAGAUGACGUCAUAUCUGAAAUGAGUGAUUAUAACCAAUACGAAUCCCCAAAAAAUAUCGUUGUCGUACCUGUAAAUGAUUGUCUUACUAAAUUUUCAUAUAUAAGAAAAAUGAUGUCAGAUACAUAGUACGGAAAUUGCUGAAA